AGAAGGUGAAUGGAAGGCAGAUACUAUAACAGCAACCCAGCUCAGCCUCUUCUGCUUGUUCCUUAAAGGUCUUCCACUUCAGCACCAUGAUGCUGCCAAAAAAAUUGAGGCUACUGCUGUUCCUGGUUUCCCAGAUGGCGAUCGUUGCUCUGUUCUUCCACAUGUAUAGCAACAAUGUCAGCUCCCUGUCUAGGAGGGAGGCUCCCAAGCACACACACGUGCUGAUCCUGUCUUCCUGGCGCUCUGGCUCUUCUUUUGUGGGGCAACUUUUUGGGCAGCACCCAGAUGUCUUCUACCUGAUGGAGCCCGCCUGGCACGUGUGGAUGACCUUCACACAGAGCACGGCCUGGAGGCUGCACAUGGCCGUGCGGGAUCUGAUCCGGGCUGUGUUUCUGUGUGACAUGAGCGUCUUUGAUGCCUACAUGAAACCUGGUCCCCGGAGACAGUCCAGUCUCUUCCAGUGGGACAACAGCCGGGCCCUGUGUUCCCCACCUGCCUGCAACAUCUUCCCACGGGGUAAUAUCAUCCCCCAGGCUCACUGCAAACUCCUGUGUAAUCGACAGCCUUUUGAGGUGGUGGAGAAGGCCUGCCGCUCCUACAGCCAUGUGGUGCUCAAGGAGGUGCGCUUCUUCAACCUGAAAAGCCUCUACCCGCUGCUGACAGACCCCUCCCUCAACCUGCACAUUGUGCACCUGGUCCGAGACCCCCGGGCUGUGUUCCGUUCCCGAGAACACACCGAGGGGGAACUCACGAUUGACAGUCACAUUGUGAUGGGGCAGCACUGGCACGAACUCAAGAAGGAGGACCAACCCUACAAUGUGAUGCAGGUCAUCUGCCAAAGCCAGCUGGAGAUCUACAACUCCGUCCAGUCCUUGCCCAAAGCCUUGCAGCAACGCUACCUGCUCAUGCGCUAUGAGGACCUGGUCCGGGCCCCCUUAGCCCAGACCUCUCGAAUGUAUGAGUACGUGGGGUUGAAAUUCUUGCCCCACCUUCAGACCUGGGUGCACAACAUCACCCGGGGCAAGGGCAUGGGUCAACACGCCUUCCACACAAACGCCAGGAAUGCCCUCAAUGUUUCCCAGGCCUGGCGCUGGUCUUUGCCUUAUGGAAAGGUUUCCCAACUUCAGAAAAUCUGCGGUGAUACCAUGGAUUUGUUGGGCUACCGCCAUGUCAGAUCUGAACAAGAACAGAGAAACCUGUCACUGGAUCUUCUAUCUGCCUGGACCCUCCCUGAGCAAGUCUACCAAGAGGUUUGAAGAGGCUUUGUCCCCACCUGGUAUCAGCCUCAGCCACCUUCCUUGACUGCUUUUG